AGCCGAGACAUAAACCUCGCAAACAUGGCGACGCUCCGAAGCGAGUACGGAGACUGGAAAUACGACCGUUUUUAACCGAGCAAAUAACCUCCUCGUCGCAUGUUACAAUGUGGUGGGGUUAGCCGGAGCCACCGCACGCACAGCCUUUGUGACGAUGUUUGCAGAGGCCAGUCUGUCCAUCUGGGGAUGGGGGGGUCUUGGAGUCGUGCUGUUCCUCGUCACCUUUGGACCCUUUGCCAUAUUCUACCUGGCCUUUUAUAUCUUCUGCUUUAUUGGAGGGGGCUUUGCAGUGACACUGCUCUAUGGAAAGAUCAAUUCCGAGAAACACCUGGAAAAGUGCGAGCACUCAUAUCUACCACCCACACAAAUUGGUAUACUAAAGACGUUGGAUGAGAUGAAGCUGGAGCUGAAGCCAAUAAAGAUUGACAGGAGACUAACUGGCUCCUCUUUCAUAGAUGAACCACUACAACAGGUGAUCCAGUUUGCUCUGAGAGACUACAUCCAGUACUGGUACUACACUCUGAGCGAGGAUGAGUCCUUCUUAUUGGAGAUUAGACAGACGCUACAGAAUGCCCUCGUCCAGUUCUCUACACGGUCCAAAGAGGUGGACUGGCAGCCUUACUUCACCACUCGCCUAGUGGAUGACUUUGCCACCCAUUUACGUGUCUUUAGAAAAGCCCAAGACCGCCUCGCUGACAGGGAGGACAAGCAAAGGGACAUCACAGAGGAGCUGGUGGACUCCUUCUUUGAGGCCGAGGUGGAGAUGGAGAGGAAGAUUUGUCGAGACGUUGUGUGCACUUCACACAAAGACGAAGAAGGUUUUCUUCGGGACUUGUGUGAGUUGCUUCUGUACCUGUUACUACCUCCUGGAGAUUUCCACAACAAAAACAUGAGAUACUUCCUGAGGGAGGUGCUGGCACGUGGAGUGCUACUUCCUCUGAUCAACCAGCUUAGCGACCCAGACUACAUCAACCAGUUUGUUAUCUGGAUGAUUCGGGACUCAAGCUGUAACUACGAAGCCUUCAUGAACAUCCUGAAGCUGACUGACAAGCCUUCAGAGCUGGAGUCCGUCAAAGACAAGGUGAUGGAGGAGCUGCAGUACCUCCGCUCCCUGGACACUGCUGGAGAUGACAUCAACGUGAUCAAGAACCAGAUUAACAGUCUUCUGUUUGUGAAGAAGGUGUGUGAGACCAGGAUCCAGAGACUACAUUCUGGCAAGGAGGUGGAUGCCUUAAAGCUGGCAGCCAACUUUGGAAAGCUGUGUGUCAUCCCGCUGGAUCACAUCCUUGUCCACAACAUCGCCCUGCAGUUCUUUAUGGACUUCAUGCAGGCAGCGGGGGCCCAGGCAGAGCUGUUCUUCUGGCUCACCGUGGAGGGCUACAGGGUGACGGCACAGCAGCAGCUGGAGGCCAUGCAGGGCUGGCAGAAAGAUGGCAAGAAGCAGCCCAGUGCAACCAAGGGACUUCUGAAGGCUGCUGCGUUGGGUGUGUUUGAGCAAUACCUCUCUGAAAAGGCAUCUCCUAGGGUGCAGGUGGAUGAGGAGUCUGUAAUAAAGCUAGGGGAGAAGCUGCAGAAGGACGACCCCACACCAGAGAUAUUUGAUGAAAUCCAGCGAAAUGUGUACGAAAUGAUGCUACGUGAUGAACGCUACUACCCCUCCUUCAAGCAGAGUCCUCUCUACGUCCGCAUGCUAGCAGAGCUGGAUAUGUUGAAAGAGCCAAGCUAUCGAGGGUCUGAUGACGGCGAUGGAGAAUCCUUCAACGGCUCUCCAACAGGAAGCAUAACCUUAUCUUUGGACGACUUGUCCAACUCCUGCCAUGAUGAAACUAUGCACCUACAUGCCUUCAUCUCCGACACAGGGGUUUGCAACGACCACGGUAAGACCUACGCGCUGUACGCCAUCACCGUGUUCAGACGUAACCAUGACGGAAGCGAGGACUGCUGGAAGACGUAUCGACGUUACUCAGACUUCCAUGACUUCCACAUGAGAAUCACCGAACAGGUUUGUUUUGAGAAUCUGACAUCGAUCCUCAAGCUGCCAGGGAAGAAAACAUUUAACAACAUGGACAGAGACUUCUUGGAAAAGAGAAAAAAAGAUCUCAAUGCUUACUUACAGUUGCUGCUAAACCCUGAGAUGGUUAAAGCCUGUCCAACUCUGAUUCCUUACGUCUAUGACUUCCUAGAGAACAAGGCGUACAGCAAGGGCAAGGGAGAGUUUGCACGAAAGAUAGACACAUUUGUAAAUCCUCUGAGGAGCUCCAUGAGAAACGUGUCUAACGCAGUGAAGGCCCUGCCUGACAGUCUGGCUGAGGGCAUGACCAAGGUCUCUGACAACAUGGGUCGCAUGUCCGAACGACUGGGCCAGGACAUUAAACAGUCCAUCCUAAAGGUGCCUCCACUCCUCCCCAAGUCUGAAAUCGACCCUGAACACUGUCGAGUCUCUGCUCAGCUGGAUGACAACGUUGAUGAUAACAUCCCCCUGAGGGUAAUGCUGCUACUAAUGGACGAGGUGUUUGACCUGAAGGAGAAAAACCAGUGGCUGCGCAGGAACAUUAAGAACCUGCUUCAGCAGCUCAUCAGGGCCACAUAUGGAGACACCAUCAACAGGAAAAUUGUGGAUCAUGUGGACUACUUGACUUCACCAGAGCAGGUUGCAGACUACGUCAAGAAGUUCAGGGAUUCUUACUGGCCCAACGGUAUUCUGGCCGAGUCACCGCCACGUCGGGACAAGAACAUCCGCAUGAGGACCCGAGUCGCUGCCAAGACCAGCCUGCUGGGCAUCAUGCCAGAUGAGCUGAAGCACAUCAUCGGAGCAGACACCACAAGAAAGGGCAUCCUCCGUGUCUUCGACAUGUUUCAGUACCAACCCAUGAACCGUCGGCUUGUCUACGUUUUCCUGGAGGGCUUCUUGGAAACGAUGUUCCCCCAGUAUAAAUUCCCAGAGCUCUUUGUCAAACUACACUCCCGCUCGCCGCGCAUCCACAGAUUUAGCCAGAAAGUCAAAUCGUCCUCCCUCAAGAGGUGACAGGAGAGGACAGAGGCAGCGGGACAUCAGCCAAUCAGACACACACUUGGACUUGAGGGCGGAGAGUGAUAGUGGAGGGGCUUGACGUGAAUGUUAAGGUGUGUUCGCUUGAUUUCUGCUCUUCCACUUCCCUCACACACUCUCUUCUGUGAAAACACUCCAGCUGUCUGGACAGAGCUGAAGGAUGAGCAACACGUACAUUGCCCUCGUCUAACUCUGUGACACAAACACACCUGCGCAAACUUAAAUCCUGUAAUUUGCACCAAGACUGAUCAUUGCAUUCAUUUGUUUUAGCUCAAAUAUUUUCCUUUUUUCUGAUGUUUUAGUUGUGUUGAGCUUUAUCAUGGGCCAGUCAAUGCUGCUUUCUUGUGGUUCAGAGAACAGACCACAAAUACUGUAUUGUUUUUAACUGCAGGAGCAGAUAGCAUAGACCCACACCUUGCCUUACCUUCCUGCUUCUGUGUGUGUCAGCCGGAAUAGCCCGCCAUCUGAGUGACCCGGCCAUUCAGCUGUAGACAAACUAACCCACACGCUAGACAUGUUAUCUGCAAAAGCUGCACACUUGCUUACAUGCAAUUUUUUUUUCUUUUCAUAGCAACCAAAUAUGUCAAUAGCACUGGGUUAAGAAGGCGCUGUUUUUUAAAUGUGACUGAACAAACUGGGGUUGAAAGGACAAUUUUACAUUUUAAUGACACAUUUUUCUAGCCUCUUUUUUUUUUUUGCCCACGAUCCUCAACGAAUAAGCCACACCCCCUUUAAUGCUACUGUCAAACAUGUGAAGACCAAAGCUCAUGCUGUCCAUACUUGUGUUUGGCUUGAUGUUGGGAUACUCCGAGCAUUACUGUGCUAAAUAAACGAAUAAUGUGAGGGAGGAGAAAGUUGACCUCUGGUGACCUAAUGGUGAGGCUCUAAAGUGUGGCACAGUUGUGGGAUGCUCAGCACCAUCAAAGAAUGUACUCUCUGGUCUGCUCUUGUUUUUGGCUUGAGUAGAGUUUUGUGUGAAUGGGUGUGUGCGUGCGUGUGUUUUAGCAUAAAGCUGCUACACUUUCUCAGUAAGAAACUGUGCCAGUGUGAGCUAGUGAACCAGCCUUAAAAGUAUAAACAGGACAUACUGACCAAGAGACACGCUAGAGGUAGCGCUCCUUAGACUGAACAUCACAAGGAAAUCAAAAUAGAGAUAUGGAAAUAUAUCCCUAAUCACUUUUAUGCAGAGAAAAUGUUUAAUUUUGUGCAAUACUUUGUUUUCUGUAAUGCAUGUGCAUUUUGAAUCAUUGUAUACUGAAAUAGAACCAUAUAGUUUUAAUAGUAAAAAAAAACAAGUUUCCCAAAAAACAUCUUCUUAUCCCAACAACUUGACAUUCCGUUGUUGUAAAAGUACAAUGUUUAUUUUACAGACUUGUUUUAUAAGUCUGAGUUAUUUCUUGUUUUUUGCUUCUUCUUUUUUUUUUUGGCACGUGGGGGAUAUUUUCCACUUAUUCCAGCCACUCCAACAGAAUCUGUUUUGGGGCGAUGACUAGGGAGGGUUUCUGUUUCACAGUAUGAUGAUUAGCUCAUUGGGCUAUUGCUAGCUCCGAGGCAGCCUCACAAACUGCUUCAUUUUAAUAACUAGUGGUGUUUUUAUGCAUUAAACAUGUUCUGUUCAGUGUGAACAUAUUUUGUUGUUAUAAGCUGACAGCUGGAGGGACCUUCCCCCCCCCUCUUUCUCCUGUCUGAUAGGCUCACAAGAGAGCCUUGUCCUGUGACCAAUGGAAUCACUGCUAAUGAGCACUUAGUAGCAACUGUGGAAGGGCCUCUCUCAUUGGCUGGAUGGUGCGCUGUUCUGCUGCAGUCAUUAAAUGGAUUUUCCUUGUCUGCACUGAGCAGCUUUAGUUGACUCUGAUGGGGUGAACCGGAGGACAUGAACUGGAGCCUCUUCUUACUCAGAGGUGAAUAUUUUGUCCCUAUAGUGGAGAAGGUGUCACCUUUAACUUUCUGCACACCUCUCCAAACAGGAAGGCUUGUCUUUUUUUAACCCUAGUAUUUAUGAAUCUAUGAUAAUGAAAAUUGUGCAUAUCUGUGUACAGUCUGUGUUAAUAGUGUGCCUAAAUGUACUGUCAACUCUAUUUUCAUAUUUUUCUUUAACCUAAAAAAGAAAUCAAUCAGAAUGUCAUGAUCACUUUAUGCGACUGAAAAUGACUUUAGGGUGUUUCUUUGCAUCAUGCUUAUCAAACUCUUCCUUGUGAGCAAUUGUGCUCAGAUCAGUAUAACACUAAUAAAAGGUAACUCAGACUAACUGACCAACAAUAUUCAUGUUGUCUUUGUGUGCGCUUGCAGAAUUUGUAGUUAUUCAAGGUUCGAUGGAUAUUUACCCUCAUACUGACCACUAACUGACAUAUUAUCCAGUGAGUGCAGUCUUUAUAAUGCUAAAUGUAAAAUUGUUGACUUUAUUAAAGUCUGGUGUCAAGCUUC